CGCUGUGUCAUAAUCCAACACGUUCUGCGUUUUUGCCGAGCUGUUUUGCUUGGCCGCAGCUGUUCGGUCCUGAACAGCUUAUGUGCGCAUGUGAAGAUCUACGUUCAGCAGAUGAUCGUAGAAUAAUAACCAGCGGAUCCAAAAGAACAGUCCACGCGACGACAGCAAUCCAGUUUGCAUGUAACGGUUUCACUGCAGGUGACCAUUUCCCCGUUGAGGGACGGUAAAUGUUAUUUCUAUUCUCUUCAAAACACCAGGAAGAGAGACUUGGAUAUCUUCACGCAAACACAAUAAAUAAUUUCUUAAAAUGUACCGAAGGAUUAUCAUCAUUAUUCUGCCAUUUAGGCAUGUCCAUGUGCUAGACUGGCCUAGUCAAAGUCAAAGUUGGGGGUGCAUUGUAGAGAGUACUGAGGUAAUCUUUCCCACCAUCUCCGGUGCAUGAUAACAUUUGUAAUGGAUUUAUUCUGCACGUAUGAAUAUGUAACCCUCUUUUCAGAGAGGUUACGUCAGAGAGGCCAUAUUCCAUCAUAAUACACAUCACAUAAAUUUAAGUAAGUGUGAUAUUUGAAUACGAAAUGCAUGCUAAUUUGCAUAAUCCCUUUUUGUUUACACAUACGACAUGUCUCCAACGUGUUGACAACGUGUCUCCAAAAUACCAAGCAAAGAUGUAAUAUUUAUUUGCAGAAAAAGAGAAAUGGUCAAAAUGAUGAAAAAGAUGCAAAUGCAGCGCUUCCAGGCCUCAAACAGCGCAAAGAAAACAAAUUCAUAUUCAUUUAGAAACAGCAAUGCUGAUGUUUUCACCCGGGAAGAGUUCAGAAAUCAAUAUGUGUUGGAAUAACCAGGUUUUCACUGGGGUUCUGCGCAGCGGGCUCUUCAUUUGUUCAUAGACCUGUAAAUAAAACAUGGCUACCAAACGAGUCACAUAUAAAAGAAUAAUCAACACUGAGAAGAGAUCUCAGCAAAUGGACAUAAGGUAACAACCAAGCAAAAGCGCCCUCAUGAUAAAAACGUGACGCAGUUUCCAGCCCUGUACACGUUUUUCAGACCGCGCGCGCGAUGUGAAUGAAUGAGGCUCCGCCCCCCCCGCCCCGGCCACACAGAGCCGCGCGCGGAUACCUCAAGUCACCGCAUCUGCCACGCGCCACAGGAGUCUACGGCAACGUCAGAGCCAAGAUGGGGCGGAAGGAGAUCAUCUGCAGCUGGAAGAAAAAUGUCAGCAACAUCAAGGAUGUGUUCGAUUUCAAAGGAAAAAUGGGAUCGGGGUCGUUCUCUGAGGUUUACAUGGUGAGAGAAAAGAAAACGGGUCAGCUUUAUGCCCUGAAGUGUCUGAAGAAGAAGCACCUCGCUCACAGCAAUCUGGAAAACGAGAUCAACGUACUGAAGAGGAUAAAACAUGAUAAUGUCGUAGGAUUGGAAGAUUUUUAUGAAAGCCGAACACAUUACUACCUUGUCAUGCAACUGGUGUCCGGCGGUGAACUGUUCGAUCGCAUUUUAGACAAAGGGGUUUACACCGAGAAGGAUGCCAGCAAAGUGAUCAAACAGGUGUUGGAGGCUGUCAGCUAUCUUCAUAAAAACAGCAUAGUGCACAGAGAUCUGAAGCCUGAGAACCUGCUGUACUACAACAUGGACGAGAAUGCUAAGAUCAUGGUCAGUGACUUUGGUCUGUCUAAGACACUUGAGCAUGGAGUCAUGUCUACAGCCUGUGGCACCCCAGGUUAUGUUGCUCCUGAGGUUUUGGCUCAGAAGCCCUACAGCAAAGCAGUGGACUGCUGGUCCAUCGGAGUUAUCACAUACAUCCUACUCUGUGGCUACCCUCCGUUCUUUGAAGAAAACGAGACUCGUCUGUUUUCAAAGAUCAUGAGGGCCGAGUAUGCCUUCCAUUCACCUUUCUGGGAUGACAUCUCUGAGUCAGCCAAAGACUUCAUUCGGAACAUGAUGGAAAAAAAACCCACCAAACGCUUCACUACUGAACAGGCACUUCGGCAUCCGUGGAUUGCCGAAAACACGGCCAAAGACAUGGACAUUUCUCAGUCUGUCUGUGAACAGAUGGGGAGAAACUUUGUCAAAACCAAAUGGAAGCAAGCCUUCAAUGCAGCUUCAGUAAUCCACCACAUGAUGAAACUGCAGCUGUCCCACAGCGAGCCCCUCGCCUCGCCCCUCUCUCUGCCCAACAUCGUAGUGGAGUCUUCCUCUGAGGCCGACUCUGAGCUGCCGAGUCCCUGCUGCAAUAAGGGGGACCCCCUUGAUCCUAACGGGAACCCGAUUGUGACGGCGAGUCACUCACGGAGCACUAUCACAGAGUCGGGCAGGGAGAUGUGUCCGCUCCUCAGAUCCAGUCACAGCGAACCUGGCGGCACGCCUACCGUCAUGGCUGAUCCAAGAGACGCCGCCCACAGCUUCCAUUCAGAAGGGGACACUCAUUUCAGGCCGUCUCCCAGCUUGGAUGUUGUGGGUCAGAGGAAGGACCAGCCGCUUCAGUCUGGAGUCUGUAGAAUCAUGUGAUGAACAGAGUCCCCUCUGAAGUUGACCCCGAGUCCUUGACCCUCCUUGACACGCCUGCUGCUGAACUCCAUCGCUCUGUUUGCUGCAGAUAACAAGCCCAUUGGAGUUUGUUCUACGACUUCAGAUUCAGAGACAGUAUACACACAUUAAAUGUUU